AAUUCAAACUUUUCCCAACAAAGCGUUUAUGCUGCUUAUUAUGAUGUUUGCGGCUUAAAAAUAAAGAGAAUCGGAGAUAAUCACAGGGAGGGAUUUCCUGCGAUUUACGUUCAUGAAAAGAGACUUCUUUCGAAAUAAAGCUAAGUAUCCGGUUUCAUCCUUUGAUCGUAAUAAGGGUCGAGACUAAAACUCUGGCAAACAACGAUGUUGGUGACAAACCCUUGGAUAUUUGUGCUUCUUCUCAUCGAAGCGGCUCUAAUACAAGGGCAAGCAAACAGUCCACCCAGAUUUGUUGAGACACAAUAUGUAGGUCGACUCCCUGAGAAUCAACCCACUGGAACGGGUGUUCUGACUGUCCGUGCAGUUGACAAUGAGAAUGACCAGAUUACAUACCAGCUUAGUGGGGAAGAUGGGCGGUUCAAGAUUAAUAGUGUCACUGGGGAAAUCACUUCUAAUGUCAAUAUUGACAGAGAGAAAUUACCUGGCAGUAAUCUCCUGGAGUUCAAAGCUAUUGCAUAUGAUGCCAAAGGUGCUGGUUAUGACUAUAGGGUGGAUGUCCCAGUCCGUGUACAGAUUGAAGAUGUUAAUGAUAACACACCAGUUUUCAUCAACACUCCUUACAGUAUUUCUGUCAAAGAGAAUACCCUUGGUACUACUGGUUUUGCUGUUAAAGCAACAGAUGCUGAUCAGGGUCAAAAUGCACUCAUCAAGUACUCUAUUACUGGAGGGAACGAGGCAAAUAUGUUCAAGAUAGGGGCCUAUGAAGGGACUAUAAGUGUGUUCCCAGACUCCGGAGUGCUUGACUAUGAGAAAUACAAAAGCUUCAAUCUCACUGUCAGUGCAUCAGACCUCGGAGGAGUGAAUGGCAGCAGGACUGCUGUGACUUCAGUGUUUAUCCGUGUGGAAGACGUAGAUGACCUACCAGCAGUUUUUUCACCUGAUUAUUACACCGCAAAAGUGGCUGAAAGUUCUACUAAGGGUUUUUAUGUCACGACUGUAACAGCACGGGAUGGGGACUUGUCGCUCAACAAACCUGUGUCUUACUUUAUUGAUCAAGUGACAAACCCAGGUGAAGCAUUUGUGAUCAUUAAUACCACUGGCGUCAUCACUGUCAACAAGCCGCUGGACCGGGAGACAGUGGCUUUCUAUAACCUUCGCGUUGGGGCUAUUUCAACGAUACACAAAGCGGUCUUUGCCACCGUGCAAAUCACAAUUACCGACAUCAACGACAACGCACCCAAGUUUGUCAACUUGCCGUAUAGCGGUACGGUACCGGAGAACUCCCCCACCGGGCUAACGGUACUUCGCGUCACAGCUCAGGAUGCUGACUCGGGCGACAAUGCCAAGUUCACGUACUCACUUACUGGUGCAGCUGGAAAGUUCGUCGUCUCUAGUGAAGGCUAUGUGGUGGUCAGCGGCAACAUCGACCGAGAGACACAAGACACCUAUGAGUUCAAGGUGAAUGCAAAGGAGAGCACAACAUCUGAACAGUUCUCAACAGCCACAGACAUCAAGAUUAACGUGACGGAUGUUAAUGAUAACAAUCCUCAGUGCAGCCAGAACGCCUACUCGGCUACCGUACAAGAAAACAUGCCCAACGGAACGAAAGUUAUGCAGGUUUCUGUCUCGGACGCGGACCUUGGACCGAAUGCAGACGUUAGGUUCAGCUUCAUACCUGACUCCAGUGGGCUUGACAAACUGUUCACUAUCGAUCCAGUCAGUGGAGAUAUCAAGACUUUGGCCACGUUUGACCGGGAGGAGCGUGUCUCUUAUGGUCUCGGCAUUCGCGUGAUUGACCAACCGAGCGGACAACAAGGACGUAUUGGCGAGUGUUCCGUCCAGGUGUCUAUUGGUGACGUGAAUGACAACAGUCCAGAAUUCAAGAACUUGCCUAAUAAUACCCACGUGUCCGAAAAAGCUACCACUAACACACCCGUUUAUACCGUCAAGGCUACCGAUAUCGAUGAUGGAUUGAAUGCAGCGGUUAGCUACGUAAUCAUGGCUGGUAACGAUGGCAACGUCUUCACCAUGGAAGCUAGCAGCGGGUUGGUGAAGACGUCUAGUUCGUUGGAUCGUGAGACCACGCCUGUUUACACGCUAGUUGUCAGGGCAACAGACGGUGGUGGGAAGGAAGUGACAUCAUCGCUGACAGUUAUUCUUGACGAUGUGAACGACAAUGCCCCAGUAUUCUCUCGGCCGGAAGGAUACACGUUCGAAGUACAGGAGGGGGGAGUGGGUCUGUCUGUUGGGACAGUCCAGGCGACGGACCGUGAUAGCGGUAUUAAUGCAGCGACCCUUUACUCGUUGAAAUCUGUUGCGGAUUAUUCAAAGUUUAUCAUUGACAGCAAGACUGGCGUUAUUAAAACUUCCUUCUCACUUGACCGCGAAACUCAGGAUCAACUCAACAUCCGGGUCAUUGCAAGAGACACAGGGAGCCCACAGCUGUCUGCGGAAGUCGGUAUUAUAGUCAACGUGACAGAUAUUAACGAUCACAGGCCCGCGUUUAGUCAGCGGCAGUACUCAGUGACAGUCCAAGAGAAGCGUGCUUCACAUGUCAUUUUGACUUUAACGGCAACCGACUCUGAUCGCGGUAUCAACUCAGCCCUUCACUACAUGAUUGACAGCGGAAACUUCGGGAACAGUUUUACUCUAGACGCUUUGACGGGCUCCCUGUCUACUACUGGGCCGCUUGACCGAGAGGUCCGGGCCGAGUACACUCUGCUCGUUUUUGUCUCGGAUCUCCAGGGUAACGCGUCUCUCGGGAUACCUCUGCGUGACUCGGCAGUAGUCAACGUCUUCAUCGAGGAUAUGAAUGACAACAGCCCUGUGUUCCCUCAGUCCCAGUACUCUCUCACCAUCCCUGAAGACACGGCGCCGGGGACAGGGAUCAUUCAGGUCCAAGCACGUGACAUUGACAGUGGGAUCAGCCAGAAUCUGCAUUACUCUAUUGUUAGCGGUAACUCCCUUGGGAGAUUCUUCAUCGACAGCAGUAGCGCGCGUGUCUACGUAAAGAGUCCGCUGGAUAGAGAUCCGCCACGGAACGAGGGCGCAUAUACACUUGAGAUUCUUGUUGAAGACGCUGGCAAUAACUCCCUCAAUUCCACCACAAAGGUUACGAUAACUAUAUCUGAUGUGAACGACUCUCCCCCCGAGUUCAGCCAAGCAAUGUACAGUGUUAGAAUCCCCGAGAACAUUACUCUGGGUACUGUGGUCCUGCAACCGAGCUGUGUGGAUAGGGACCUGGGAACUAAUGGACAGAUUUCCUAUCACAUCUCCUCUGGCAACAGUGAGACACCCCCAAGGUUUAGUGUAAACCCCAGUAGCGGUGCGCUCUCGGUGUCAACAGAGUUCGAUUUUGACACUGGGCGUAAGUCCUACUCACUCGUGCUCACGGCCACUGACAAGGGCGAGCCCGCACUAUCGGGAAACGCAACUGUGGUUAUCGACUUGGAAAAUGUCAAUGACAACACGCCAGAAUUCACGCGCAAGGCGUACUUAUUCAACGUUAGAGAGGGCUCGUAUAUUGAUAACGAAAAGAUCGUUGGACGCGUCUCCGCCAUAGAUCGCGAUAAGGACGCGGAAAAUUCCGCGUACGGACGCAUUCAGUACAGCUUCCUAAAUCAGUCAAGUUACUACCGCAGUCACUACUGGCAGAUGGACAGCCUGGAGUCUGGGCGCAACAUCCGGGACCUAGUGACUGGCAAUACGGACGCACGGGUGGUCGGUGGGGCGAGCGUUGUCCAGGAUUCUCAGCUCGGUAACGUCAUCGCGGUCAGCGGCUCAGAGCAGUACAUACGAGUUGGAGACUUUGAAAACGACUGUGUCAGUAAUCCCUCGCUCUGUCCGGACGGCCUGUCCGUUGCAUUCUGGCUCAAGUUUAACAGUGGCAGGUACAUUAUAUCGUCCGGCGGACAGUCCCAGUUCGCGGCCGGAUUCGCCUUUUAUUACACAAAGGAGACUAACAAAUACACGUUGCUCCUGGCAACGCUUAACCGUAAAUGGGAAAUCAUGCUGGCUUCUAUACCUCAGACUUGGUAUUACGUCACGUUCACAUGGAACAGCCAAUCAGGGCUCAGAUACUUCGAGAACGGUCGCUACUUGAACUUUGUACCCAGCAGUACUAGCGUGACUCGCAUGAGUGACGCGUUCACCGUGCUGACAGUCGGCAAGCCCAACAACAUCGACCAACUCGACUACUUCGGCAACCUGAGUAUCAGCGACCUGAUUAUAUGGAACACUAUGCUGACUAUUGAAGAGGUCAUGCACUCCUAUAUGAUAUCACGUCACAUAACCAAGGAACCUAUGGCGACAGCUCCACAAUAUAUAGAUACUUUCGCGAUUGACCCGAUGACCGGCGACAUUCGCGCUGUCGGACUACUAGACCGAGAGACUAAACUGAAUUACACACUAGACGUGAAAGCUACAGAUGUUGACCCAGUCGACCCUCGGUGGAGUGCGGCCGUGGUCUAUGUUGAGGUCCUGGACUCUAAUGAUAACGCGCCAGUUUUUAAAAAGCAGAGUUACGUGGUUGAGAUGGUGGAACAUUCACCUACAACUUUCACAGUGGUUAAGGUCGAAGCUACAGAUAGGGAUGUCGGUUCCAAUGGGCGCAUUUCGUACAGUAUUGUCAGCGGUAACGUAGACGGAGCAUUUGUGAUUGACAGUUCGAGUGGCGUCAUCAAACCUGCACAGGACAUCGACAGGGAAAAAAUCCAGCGGUAUCUGCUCGGAGUACAGGCCCAAGAUGGCGGUAGUCCAACUUUACAGGCCACGGUACAGGUGACCAUCAACAUCCAAGACGUGAACGACAACACUCCGGUACUCACAUCUAGCACCUACACCGCAAGUGUACCGGAGAACCAGCCACCCGGACAGAGUGUGCUUAAGAUUUCUGUGUUUGACCCUGAUCACGCCGGGAAUGGCCAGGUCGCCUUCACCGUCAACAAUAACAAAUUUACGGUCAACGAUACCAGCGGCGUGCUGUACACCACGCAUGUGCUAGACAGGGAAACGAAGGCAUCUUAUCAACUUACAAUCACUGCCACGGACAAAGGUAGUCCGGCUCGGUCUUCUUCGGUCAACGUUCGCGUCAACGUGAUCGAUGAAAACGACAAUAUUCCUCAAUUUAGCCAAGCGCUGUACACCGCAGGGAUCGUAGAAAACAUGACCGUGGGCUCACAUGUCAUUAAAGUUUCGGCCGUUGAUCCAGAUGAGGGGAGCAAUGGCGACAUUCUUUACUCCCUCCAGACAGACUAUGACAUAUUCGCCAUCAAUCAGACAUCAGGUGUUAUUCGCGUUGUGGCGUUAGUCGACCGCGAGGCGCAUCCCGCGGGAUACUCGUUACUAGUCGUCGCACGGGAUCAUGGUUAUCCGACACCCAACGCGGCUACAGCUCGCGUCAACAUCACCAUUUCGGACAUCAAUGACAACGCUCCAAGGUUCCUUAAGUUUACGUAUUCGGGCUCUGUCCGAGAGGACCGCACAGUAGGCACUGAGGUGGUCCAGGUGCAAGCAACGGAUGACGAUGACGGGUUGGCGGGAGAAAUAGUCUUUGCCAUCACAGGCGGCGACCCCGAAGGAUUGUUCUCCAUUCUGAACACUUCCGGCAAGAUCACAGUCGCACGAUCGCUUGACAGGGAAAUGAAAGCCACCUACGAGCUCACCGUCACUGCAACAGACAGAGCAGGGGACCCCAAAUCAACUAGUGUUGAAGUGGACAUCACCAUCACAGAUGCUAAUGACAACAAACCCGUAUUCACCAACAUUCCCGCCACUAUCUUACUCAGCGAGUCGACGAUCCCAGGCACGCCUGUCAUCACAGUAGUAGCCACUGACCAAGAUAUUGGAGUCAACGGUCAGGUGCGUUACGUAGGGGACUCUCCCAAAGGGAAGUUUGCUGUGAACGCUAUCACGGGAGUGGUGAGCACUGUUGGUGAACUGGACUACGAGGAUGUACAGCGCUACACUGUGUACAUUGUGGCAAUCGAUCAAGGAGAGCCUCAGCUAAACAGCACUACAUUACAUCUCAACAUCUCCCUCGUGGAUGCCAACGACAACAAUCCUACCUUCACCAAAGCUGCCUACACCGCGCAUGUCUCAGAAGAAGCCACCGCUGGUACCAACGUCAUUAUGGUCAACGCGACCGAGAGGGACUCGGGCAAGGACUCUAAGAUCACCUAUAACAUCUCUGCAGGGGACCCACUAGAUCACUUUGCUAUCAACCAUUUGACAGGUCAGAUUAGCGUCCGGAAGGCCCUCGAUCGAGAGACAACCUCCCUCUACACUCUACUGGUAUCAGCAAGGGACGGCGGAACCCCGCCUAGAUUCGGGCAAGCCACGGUAACAAUCCAUGUGGAUGACGUAAAUGACAGGGCACCAGUGUUUAGAUUUCACAAUUAUCAAAAGGAGAUCCCAGAAGACACUGCGGUUGGGACUUCUAUCCUUACAGUAGAGGCCAUAGAUGAGGACACACCGUCAAACACAAAGCUUACCUACAGCAUUCUAAGCGGGAAUGAGGACGGCAAUCUUCAGAUCUCCUCUGCCUUGUCCGACAGCAAGUACAUGGGCAUCAUUAAAGUCGCCAAACCACUAGACCGGGAAUCUUCACCGCUCUAUUCGCUCAAUAUUUCGGUUUCUGAUGGAGUCCACGAGGGAUACACUGUCGCUCAGAUAUUGCUCCGAGAUGUGAACGACUGUGACCCAGAGUUCAACUAUUCCCUUCUCUACAGUGCGCAUGUCAGCGAGAAUUCGCUUGGUGGUCAAUUAGUGCUCAAAGUGACGGCAACUGACAGGGAUCUGGGUACAAAUGCGCAACUCACCUAUUCAAUGGCAGGUGACGAUAAUCGGUUUACCAUCGGGCCGUCAUCGGGUGAGAUUCGUACCAGUUCUCUUCGCCUCGACAGAGAAGCUAAACCUGUCUACGUAUUACACGUGACAGCCACUGACAGUGGAGGAAGACGGGGUCACGCGAAUGUCACUGUAAUCAUUUUGGACCAAAACGACAACCCCCCCGUCUUUACCCCGGCGAGUUAUAAUGCGACAUUCACAGAGGGAAGCAGUACCAGGGGGGUGCUUAUUGCUACCGUCAAGGCCACGGACAGUGACGAUGGCGCCAACGGAGACGUUGACUAUUCCAUUGUAGACGGCAAUGUGGGAGAUGUAUUCACCAUAAACAACGCUACGGGAGAGAUUCGAUCGUCCAAGCCCCUUGACCGGGAGGCCAUCGGGGUCGUGGAAGAUAGUGAGGGCAAAGGGGUGUACCGCCUCACCAUCAGGGGCAGUGACCAUGGUAACCCACCGCUCCACGGCACUGCACUGGUAAGGGUUCUUCUGAAUGACAUCAACGACAACCCGCCUGUCUUCCCGCCAAAUGGCUACAGUGUAAUGAUCUCCGAGGGAGCCAAGGCGAACCAGGACGUGAUCGCAGCAAUCGCUAUCGACAAGGAUGCAGGCGAAAGCAAACGGCUCACUUAUGAGCUCAUAUCCGGCAAUACCGGGGGCGAUUUCACACUCGACCCUAACACCGGGAUGAUCAAGACCGCGCGAAACCUGGAGCGACAGCAGACUUUCUCGUAUAACCUCACUAUUGGCGCCGCUGACCACGGGCUCCCGUCUUUCUCGGCUACGACGCGUGUCUCGAUCGUCGUAGGGGACUUGAACGAUAACAACCCGGUAUUCAACCCGACAAACUACUCCACUACCGUCUUCGAAAACUCUCCCGUUGGGACCUCACUGCUGGACGUGACUGCUACUGAUGCUGAUAGCGGGCAGAACGCUUACGUGACGUAUAGCGUGACAGCGGGGGAUAGCCACGGCCUCUUUCGUGCUGUCACCAAGUCGAACCAUGGCACGAUCGAAGUGGCAGGAAACCUUGACCGCGAAGUGAACGAUUUCUACAAUUUGACAAUCACGGCCACAGACGGUGGUGUACCCAUCAGCAGAACGGCGAUUGCCAUAGCUCUUGUAAGGAUUCUUGAUCGUAAUGACAAUGUGCCCAAGUUCUCCCAUGCUCGAUAUACUGGAUCCAUCCAAGAAAACUCUGGGCCCGGCGUGCCUGUGCAAAUGGCAAGUUCCAUAAUGGCGACAGAUCGUGACAUCGAGUCCAACGCCGAUGUUCGAUAUCGUUUAAAUGGUAGCGACAGCAUUCAGUUUGCUGUCAACCCUCGCACAGGCGUCAUAACAACCCGGGUUUCUCCACCACCGAGCCUCGAUCACGAGCGCACAACAAACUACACCUUCCACGUCAUUGCCGCGGAUCAGGCAGGGACUGGACACGAGUCGCUAGCCGAAGUCGUCAUCCACGUGCUAGACGCUAACGACAACACGCCGAGAUUUAUACCGAGCUCUAUCCAAAGCACAAUUAGCGAGGCUGCUUCUAUUGGCCAAUCUGUUGCUAGGGUAACGGCCAAUGAUCCUGAUUCAGGGUUAAAUGGGCGGAUUUUUUUCUCGAUAAAUUCCGGAUCAGAAGGGAAGUUCGAGAUUGGAAGGUCAGAUGGUGUUGUCCGGGUGUCUGGGUCACUUGACCGCGAAGCCAAGGCUGUGUAUGUCUUAAAUGUCUCUGCGAUCGAUGGAAGUUAUAGCCCGCGCGAAGGCUACGGCACCGUAACUGUUACGUUACAAGACGUCAACGACAACACCCCAAAAUUCACCAAACCUGCCUUCAAUGUCGAUGUCUCCGAAGGUGUUGCUGUUGGAAGCGUUAUAGUUAACGCCACCGCUACAGACCCUGACCAGGGUAGUAACGCAGCGAUUACGUACUCCAUGAGCUACCCCGGGUUUGCGAUCAAUAGCAACACAGGGUCCGUCACUAUCACUCGACCCCUCGACAGAGAAACCAAGCAAGCCUACUCCUUCACGGUGCAUGCCCGAGAUGGCGGGGGACUAGAAUCUAACGUUGCGGUCAACGUGGAGAUUGGUGACGAGAAUGAUAACUCGCCCCAGUUUCCCACGGUGCAGUACCAGACGGACGUGAUUGACAGGACGCCAGUUGGGACCAUCGUGCUGGCUGUUAACGCCGAGGACCGUGACGUCGGCAACAAUGGUCACGUAACAUAUGCUAUCCGUGACAGUAGAGACCCAGGACUGUUCACUAUUGAUGCCAACAACGGGUUGAUCACAGUCAACAAGAUCAUCAGUCGUCUUCAGCUAGGCCAGUCCGGGUUCCUAAGCAACAAUGGUUCCUUCGUGUUUAAAGUGGAAGCACGUGAUCAUGGCACCAGUCCUCGCGCAACUAACGUGACAGUGGUCAUCAAUAUAGUGGACUCGGGAGACGACAGUCCUGUCUUCAAUACGUCAUCCUAUGUGGUGAAGAUCGAUGAAGAUCGUCCAAUCGGAUCGUCUGUAGUCAUGGUCGAGGUCGUGAAAAAGAGGGCAGGGACGAUCAUUAUGUACAGCAUAGGGUCGUCGCAAAAUGUCUUUUCAAUUGAUAAUUUAACGGGACUCGUUACUACCGCAGCUAAGUUGGACCGGGAGUCACGUGACGAUUACGUCAUCACGGUGCAGGCAACGGACAACGGACAGACACCGCGCGUCGGUUAUACCUCGGUGGUCAUACAUGUUACUGACAUUAACGACAACGCACCCAAGUUCCAGUUCCCCGCUCCGUAUAAAAUGACCGUGAAUGAAGAUGCUGCAUUAGGGACUGGUGUCGGCCGAGUAAAAGCGAUAGAUGGCGACCAGGGCUUGAAUGGAAUGUUUGAAUACGCUAUCACUCACGCAAAUAUAGGUCCUGGACUGAAGAUGAUUGCAGUAAACACAGCUUGCGCUACACCACUUGGACUGGUCAGCGGUGAUAUCAAAGCAAGUGACAUGACUGCGACCUCUACCUACACAGUACCCAAUGAAGACUAUUCCCCGACGCAAGGCCGCCUUAACAACCAGCCCUUCAACAAAGCUGGAGUCUUUUACAAAGGUGCCUGGUGCGCUGCCAGUAACAGCGAUCAGCAGUAUCUGCAAAUAGACCUUGGUGGUAUGCGCAAAGUAACGCGCGUCACUACCCAGGGAAGGCCUGGGUCUAGCGAUUAUGUCGGCAGCUACUCCCUCUCAUUCAGCCAAGAUGGGAGCUCGUAUACUCAACAUCGCACGGUGCUCACGGGUAAUUCGGACGGUGACACAUUGCGGGAAAAUCGCAUUCUCCCAGCGUCCCAUGCGCGCUAUGUGCGUAUUCAACCUACGUCGUGGAAUGGCCGUAUCUGCUUACGAGUCGAACUUUACGGCUGCGAGUCAACUGGCAAAGAUGAAGUUAUUCUUCCAUUCAUCAUUGUUCCUGAUACGGGCAACAUCAACACAUCUUCAAAACUUGACCGCGAACAGCAAAGUCUCUACACGCUUGUAGUGCAGGCCAAGGACAAGGGAAGCCCAUCGCUCGAGAGCAACACCACCAUAGAGAUCUCCCUGAUUGAUACAAACGAUAACGUACCCAAGUUUAGCAGUCCUGUCUACUACGCGUCCGCACCAGAAAACGCAUAUGGAGGCUACCAGGUUAUCCGUGUAUCAGCCACAGAUGCCGACGAAGGAACAAAUGCGCAACUAGCGUACAACAUCGUAAGCGGUGGAGAUGGAAAAUUCAUUAUCGAAGGAACGUCUGGCAUUGUCCGCCCUUCUGGUCGCCUUGACUACGAGUCCAUGGUGCAGAAGCAUUACGUCCUCAACCUGUCAGUAACGGAUCAUGGCGUGACGCAGUUUACUUCGUUUGCGUUACUCAACAUCAGCGUGACCGAUUUUAAUGACAACCAACCACAAUUCAACCAAUCGGAGUACAGUGCUACGGUAUUGGAGAACAUGCCAGUGGGCACUAAGGUUACUAUGGUAACAGCACGUGAUGAAGACUCGGGCAUCAAUUCCCAGAUCAUGUAUAGUUUAACUGGCGGAGAUGGGGUGUUUAGCAUUGAGCCGAGUACAGGACAGAUUCGCCUCCAAAAAGCUAUCAACCGCGAAGCCAAAGAAAACUAUCAUGUGACAAUAACGGCAUCAGAUCGAGGCACUCCCGUAUUGUCUUCAGACGCAAAGGUGCACGUGCACGUGCUCGAUGUGAAUGAUAAUCCCCCGGUGUUCACGUCCCGGGUAUACGAGCGCACGAUGUCCGAGGGCGUGGCAGUAGGUACCAUAGCGUACUCUGUACAGGCCGUAGACGCUGAUAUUGGUUCUAACGGCCGAAUGAUGUACGAGAUCACCGCUGGUAAUGACCAAGGUCUGUUCACCCUCGAUCCCGUGUUGGGAUCUAUCCGUGUAUCCAGACCCCUCGACCGUGAGACGAACAAGACAAUCACGCUAACAGUGCUCGCCAAGGAUCAAGGGAUACCCCAACUCAGUGACCAGGCUUCUGUCGUGAUCUAUUUGACGGAUGUCAACGAUAAUGCGCCCGUCAUACGGCCGAGAAACAUGUCAGCGGCUGUACCUGAGAAUGCUGCGGCGGGCGAGUUUGUCGUCCAAGUGAACGCCACGGACGCUGACGUGGAGCGUAAUGGUCAUGUGACCUACACCAUCAUGCACGGCGCGCUAGGCAUGUUCACCAUCAACGAGACCACCGGUGUCAUACGAACACAGGGCGUCUUGAAUAGAGAGAGCAAAGACUUCUACACGCUUAUUGUCAUGGCACGUGACCAAGGUGCAGUUCCUUAUAUGGACUUUGGGACUAUCGACGUUCAUGUGAUUGACAAGAACGACAAUACGCCUAUCUUUCUAACGACUUUUGGCCCGUUUAGUGUCGUAGAGAACAUGCCUGUUGGGACUACUGUGGGCGAGGUGUCUGCUAGUGACAAUGAUAUCGGGACUAACGCAGCGAUUAGUUAUACUAUAUCGGGUGGGGAUGACUCAAGGGAUUUCCGCAUACACGACAAGACUGGUGUGAUAUAUACCGCUAAGCAAUUGAAUCGUGAGCGAAUGUCGCAGUAUUUGCUGACCAUAACCGCCGCUAACCUCGAUACCAGUCCCGCGCUGUCCAGCGGUGUUGUCGUCAGGGUCAAUGUGCUGGAUGUGAAUGACGAUAUCCCGGCAUUCAAAUCGAGUAGCUAUAACAUGUCUAUUUCUGAGGCCUCCCCCCCUGGCACGUCAGUCGUCAAGGUGACGGCUAUUGAUAAGGAUGAGGGCACAAACAGCCGCGUACUCUACCGCAUUCGUCACGACGCGAGCAGCGCUAACUCGGACGUGUUCAGCAUCAACGCCGAGACGGGCGUGCUAUCCACGCAAGUGUUCAUCGACGAGUACGAAUACCGCGCCUUCACCGUCAUCGUGGAGGCGAAGGACAUGGGUUCACCGACUGCCCUCUCCUCUACCGUGCCUGUCUACGUCACUAUUGUUGACGUCAAUGAUAAUCAGCCUGUGUUUGCUAACAAGCUUUACAGCACUUCCAUAUCUGAGUCUGCGUUGAAUGGUUCAUCGGUCAUCCAAGUAGCUGCCACUGACGCUGAUACGGGCAUCAACAGCAGACUGACGUACCGCAUCAUUAGUGGUGAUGAGCAAGGUCAUUUUGCCAUCAAUGCCAGCACUGGUCUGAUCUCCGUGAACUCGGCGCUUGAUCGGGAAUCUAUUGAUUCCUUUCGGCUCACGGUCGGCGCGUUUAACGACGAAGCCCUGGCUUUUAACAACACCAGCCGUAGAGAACAGAGGAAUGUUGAUGCUUCAGGUCACUUCUACGACACCACCACGAUACAGAUCAGUCUUGAAGAUAUCAAUGAUAACAGGCCCGUCUUCGUGAGGCCGCUGUUUGUCGGAGGUAUACCGGAGGGUGCAGAGCUUAACACUUACAUUAUGAGGAUAACGGCGACAGAUGCAGAUGCAGCGAACUUCAGCUCAGUUUCCUAUCGCAUCUCUAGCGGGAAUGAAGGCGGAUUCUUUACCCUGGAGAGUUCCACUGGCGUAAUUACCUCUGCCAGUCUAUUUCAGGGCAAGAAAGGCCAAAGGUUCACUAUAAAAGUCGUGGCUUACGACAACAAUGGACUGAAGCCGACGAAUGAGGCCCUCGUCCCCGCCGACGUUAGGGUCUAUGUCCUUCUCGACGAACAACGUAUCACACUAAAAGCUGAAGUGGAUCCUUCGCUUAUUGAGGAAAAUAAGGAGGAGUUCCUUAGUGUGCUACGUAACAUCACGGAGGCUGAAGUCACCAUUCAGCAAAUCUUCAAGGUCCUUACGGUUAACAACGAAGGGGAAAGAACUGUCAAUUCAGAAGUCGUGUUCCAUGCAGUGAAAGACACCAACCAGCAAAUUCUGACAAGUGACCAAGUUCUUAGGACGAUCAGCAAGUACAGCGCGCAGCUGGAGACUUUGUACGCCAAGUGGAAAAUCAAGGCGGUCAAGGUGCCAGCAAACGACAGCGGUAGCAGCCAAGCGCUUAGCAACGCCGAGCUGGCGCUGAUCAUACUCGGCGCGGUGAUAGGACUGGCACUACUCAUCGGACUAUGCUUCGCUAUCAAGACGCGCUGCACAUAUAAGAAAGAAGAGAUGUACAACGAGCCACCCACGAGUCGAUCCAAGCGCAGUGCCCGCGCUGGUUCAUGGUCUUACUAUGAUGACGCCAUCACUAACGAAAGAGGAGGCGUGGCUGCUGUUAGGAUGCAUCCCGACAGGGACAGCUCGUUUAACAGCGGCGCCUUCGCCAAUUCAGGGUACCUCCUGUCCAAGAAAAGACUGAGUCAGAAUGUUGACGAUAAGAUCUGGAGCGAAGGGGAUUUUUAUCUGUCUCAGGACUCAAAGAUGGACUCGUACCUGAAUGACGAUGGCGAGUCGGAGCAUGGGGCGGACGGGAGUGACGUCAGCCAGCCCAGCACUUCACGCAGCCCCAAGCAUGUUGCCUUGACAACCGACGGACCAAUCACAAGGGUUUAAGCACUAUACACCCUUCUGCAUGUUAUUUAUUUGUAGUAUGAAUUUUUUUAAGAAGAACAAUAAUAUAGUUCGAGAGGUAAUAUUGCUAUGUGAAUGUGCAUCGGUCAUUUGUGAGAAAGCAUGGAUUAUUUAUUGAUAUGUUAUCAUCAUGGCGACUAUCUUCUAGAUGUUUAAAUCUUAAAUGUUAUUAAAUGUCCUGUCUUGCUAAAA